UGGUUUGGCGAGGCGGGGGUAAGCCCGCGUCACGUGACGUGGUCCAUCUGCUGCUGCGUGAGACGGGAGGAGCCGCCCCGCGGUCGCCAUCGUCUCUGCCCCCUGCGCCUCUCCACCGCCUCGUGCUGUCACCCGCCAUGGCGAGUCAGUCGCAGGGAAUCCAGCAGCUGCUGCACGCCGAGAAGCGCGCGGCGGAGCGAGUGGCCGAGGCGCGCAAGCGCAAGGCUCGCAGGCUGCGUCAGGCGAAGGAGGAGGCACAGGCUGAGAUCGAGCAGUACCGGCAGCAACGCGACGCAGAGUUCCGGGGCAAGCAGGACACGGUGCUGGGCUCGCAGGGAGAUGUGUCGGCGCGCAUCCAGGAGGAGACGCGUGGCCGGGUGCACGCGAUGCACGCGCGGCAGAGAGAGGCACGCGACCCCGUGCUGCGCCGCCUCCUCACCAUUGUGUGGGACGUGCGGCCCGAGAUACACGCCAACUACCGCGGAUAGCUCCCCACACACUUACCAUGCUACCUACGAACUACCACUGAUGGAUCACCACCACACUCACCACGACUACCGCGAAUAUCUCACCACACUCACCAUGCUACCUACGAACUACCACUGAUGGAUCACCACCACACUCACCACGACUACCGCGGAUAUCUCACCACACUCACCAUGCUACCUACGAACUACCACUGAUGGAUCACCACCACACUCACCACGACUACCGCGAAUAUCUCACCACACUCACCAUGCUACCUACGAACUACCACUGAUGGACCACCACCACACUCACCACGACUACCGCGGAUAUCUCACCACACUCACCAUGCUACCUACGAACUACCACUGAUGGAUCACCACCACACUCACCACGACUACCGCGAAUAUCUCACCACACUCACCAUGCUACCUACGAACUACCACUGAUGGAUCACCACCACACUCACCACGACUACCGCGGAUAUCUCACCACACUCACCAUGCUACCUACGAACUACCACUGAUGGAUCACCACCACACUCACCACAGACAGCAUGGCACCACACCUGAUGAAGAGCCCAAGUAAUGUAAAUGUCUAUUAGUGGCCUAUGUGGCCGAAUGUGUUGUUAUUAUUAUUGCUGUUGUCAAUGCGGUUUCAUGAGUUGGGAAGCUUGACCAUCCAGCAUCCUGCGAGGAGCCCACAUCACGCAAAUCUAACGCCGAUUGCGCGGGGAGGGGAGGCAUCUGAUGGCGUGGUGACAGGCAGCCAGCCUCAAGUUUCUCCUUCCCCGACAAACGAAUCCUCCGUCCCUGACCUCCGCUUUCCUUAAAAUCAAAGUGGACUUCUGGAACAGCGUGCAGGAGGGAACCGCAUCGCUGGAGCCCAGUGCGGUGGCGUGCAUCCCAGUGUUGCCGGGCCCCCGGGGUCGUGACCGCACGUGUAGCCCCGUGUCAGUGAAAGUGUUACCGCUCGGUUCUUGCAUGUGAUGGUGCUUCAUUUGUCGCGAGAUUAAAGGCAGCCGAGCUUAAAUUC